GAAAAGGCAAAGCAGUGAUUCGUGAUGAAUUAGAAAAUAAUUCAAUUAACGUUAAUAAUCCAUUCGCUUCUUUACGAAGAAAUUCAGAUAAUCCAGGUCAUCAAGAUGUUUGGUUCUACGAUAAUGAUCCACGAGGAUUCUAUGAUUUUUCUGAUAUCUCUAGUGAAGAUGAAGAAGUAAAAGAGGGCGAUAGUGAUGAAUGGGAAACAGAUGUAGAAUACGUGAUAUUGGACCUCGGGACAGAUGUAAAUGAGGAAUUAAUCAACAGUCUUGACAUUCCAUGGGUCCCUGCAAAAAAUAAAGUAUCAGAAACACAGCAACAUCAUCAUGAUAUCCAUAAUACGGAAUCAAUAAAAAAAGCAGAAAAUGACAUCAAAAGUAAUGAGGGACAAAGGAAGACACGAUACAAUUUGCGUUCAAAACCACAAGCUAUUGAUGAAUUACCACCCACACCUAAAAAUAACAUCCAUAAUAGCAGUAAUAUGGGCUCGAAUGAUUACGAUUUUCAAUUUGUGGGCCUUGAACACGGAAAACCUACUUUGAAAAUCGGCAAUAACCAUUUUGAAGGGGUAUUGGAUGAAUCAAUUGGUACUGAUUUGGUAUUUACCAUAAGAAAAGACGAGGGACCGCCACCUCGCAUAAGCCUAGCUUACAAGUGUCAUACGAUUAAAAAGAUUCGUUUCUCUAGGAUGGACGUUGUUCCUAAAGCGCAAAAGUUAUCCACUGAGGAUGACCCGAAAUUGGAUCAAGACGAAAAAAAUGAGAGCGAAAUGGAGAUAGAUGACUAUAAUUAUAUGCGUUUCAAUUUUGAGAAUGCACAGCUUGAUAAAGAUGAUGCCGAAGCUGGGAAAGAUGACAAAGCAAAUUAA